AUGACUAGAUUGCGGGGAGGCUCAAUGAGCCCUCCGGACGAUGCGCGCGCGUCAGCUGGUGGCGCCAGGCGGCCCUUCCAUCGAUCUAAGCUGCCACCGAAUUCCCCGGAGAUCAUUGUCCAGAAUACCAUCGAUAUCACGGAUCCGGAAUAUGUCCUCUCGUGGCACAGGGAUGAGCGUCGUCGACAAUUCAAUCUCCUGGUUCGCAGAUACAAACACCAGAUCCUCUACGGCUGUCAGGAUCCCAACUGCCGCACGCCGACUUGUCUUAGCUACCAGAAGAGAGUCGCAGAGGGUCCUUUCCGACGGUACACGGAGUUGAGUGCUCGGACAUUGGCCUGCUAUCUGGCGAGCUUGGACGAUGCUGAGAGUGGCCUGUGUCGAAACCCACCAAGACUAUCUUCCGAUUUCCCUCCUCCGGAAAGCCCGCAGCGCCCAAAAAGACGCAUCUCCCAGCCUGAUGCUUGCGAGUCGUCAGCUGAUAACGUUCACGGUGAUCGGCAAAUAGGUCCGGCAGGUGUGGACAAUGUGCCAGAUGGGCAGCUGUCUGCCCAUGCAGCACACUCGGAAUCACAUCCAGAAGAGAAUAAUGCACAGUGCUCAGCAGCAAUUCCUGCAGUUGCGGAGGCCCAAGAUCAGCACCAGCAUCCACCGGAACGAACUGUCUCACCCUCACAAAAGAUGAAGGACCCCAAGUCGUUUACCCAAAACCUCUUCGAUACGCUCUCCCUUCGAAUGGUAGAGUGGUUGCCUCUUCGUCGGACUCCUGAACCUUUCGAUUCGGAUGGUCCUCGCACGACCGGGCGGCGUCCUUCAGAAGCAAGCCAAGAGGCACCAAAGCCGGAUAACGGCCGGACUGAAAGAACUAAGUCUGCAGACAACUCACGUCGCACGAGAAAAAAGAAUCGCUCAUUCAGUAAUAGCACGGCCUCGAGCGAAGUGCAAACACCAUCCUCACGCCAGGGAACUUCUCAACCUGCUGCGCUGGAGUUGAAAAUUCCUGGUCAACCAAUUAAGCGCCUGUCAUUGGGCGAGGUAGAACCCUGGCGCCAAAGCCCACGAUCGGGGGUCGAAGACGUGGCACGAUCCGAUUGUAUAUCGGCUCGAAAAUCGUCACUGAAUAGUCCGUCGUCCAAUGCCAACGGGCGCGUUGGACUUCCUUCGCCGCCAGCGUUGAAACACCGGCCGCAGAAGCAUCGAGGGUUGGAACAGGACCUGAACGAUUCCUAUUUUAAGGAGCAGAAGAAGCAUAGGCGUGUGUCCUGGGAUGGGUCGAAACUUCUGAGGGAGUCAGAGCGUCAUGAGGAUCGCGAUCGUGCUGAAGAAGUGGAGAUUCAGGAGCAGUAUCCUGCAGGCUCUUUGCCCCCCGAAGACUCCAAACAGAGACCCCGAAAUAAACACAGGAAACGUCGUACUCCAUCGCCAGUGCAGACGGUGACCCAUUUGUCCAGUGAAAUCGUUGAUGGUCUCGGUCAGAUGCUGCUCGAGUCGGACGAGGAUGCUCAGAAAUGGAAAGAUGAGGUGGCGGAGAUGAACAGAAGUGGUAAAUACGAAGACAUCGAGUUUCAAUACGCAACACCCCGUCAGCGUCAGGUCUUCCCAUUUGUCGCUCAAAGCGUCUUCUACGGGUUGAGCAGUACCAAGCAACUCCUGCGUUCCUUUCGAAGCGACUCUUCGCCUCCUCAUGAUGACGGCGAUAAAAACUGCAAUGCCAAUCUUGAUGUGCAGAAGUUGGAAUCUGGUCUACGGAAGCUUCUGGACUUUUGCCCAUGGGACCUUGUUUUAAAUAGUCUCUGGAACGCAUUGGAGAGGCUUUUCGUGCCACCAAAGGAAUUGUCCACUCCUGUUCGACGCUUGUCUGGAAAUUCAACGGGUCUUGUUCCAGCCCCCAUAAUUGCAUCUCGUUCUUCGGGAUCAUCCACAGAUGAACCGUUAUCCGACACAGAGGCAGCCCAUAUCGCGACUGUGGCUCUUUUUGCCUUGGUCAGCUCUUUGCCCAAAGUGGAUGCGCAGACGUGGCGAGCUAUUCUUCAAAUGCGUUCUGCUGGGACUGUCCUACCCGAUGCAGAGAUGCGAAAGCUGUCGCGUUCGAGACCCGGCCUGGUGGUGGAUAUCACCGACAAGCUGGAACAUGAGUUAGCGCUUCGGCUGGUCAACCGCUUGGUACGCGCUCUCACCGCUAGGUUAGCGUUUCACGAGAUCUCAAAAGCCCGAUCAGUUUCCAUUUCUGAAUCUAAAAAACAACGCAAGCCUAGCGUUCUGGAUCUGAUCCUAGAGAACCUCCGUGAGCACCACAACUUGACAACGAAUACGACGGAGCAGGGUGACUGGCGUUCUACUUCGGACACUCCUGCUGCCUCAGCCUUGAUUGUGGAGUGGCUUCGCACCCUUUUCCUGAAAGAAUGGGAUGGCAAGCCCGAAAUGCCAAGGUCGAGUGCAGCCGGAGGUGCCGUUCAGAUCCUCUCCUCCAUGUACAAGCACCGUAAACGACUCGGGCUCGCGCCUGAAGACUUCCACACGUCAUUUCUUUCGGAGAGAUUGGAUCCGAUGGAGAUGCCGGUGGAGUGGCUUGGGAGACCGUCCAAUAACAAGACCAUACAUCUGCUUUCUUCCUCCUUCCUCUUCCCGCCAUCUGCGCUCGUUACCUACUUCCGCGCCAUGAAUUACUCGACGAUGUCUAAGUCCUAUGAAGCCGCGAUGACUGCCACGCGACAUGUGACGCAGACCGCCUUCUCCAGCAUUCCGAUCCAUGACGAUGUUGGCUUGCUGGCGAGAUUACGAACCUCCAUGACUACGUAUCUCGUGCUUGUUGUCCGGCGAGAUAAUGUCCUCACAGACGCCCUCAACCAGCUGUGGCGUCGCGAGAAGCGGGAACUGAUGCGGCCGUUGAAAGUCCAAAUGGGCAUGGAUGAAGGGGAGGAAGGAGUGGACCAUGGCGGUGUUCAGCAAGAGUUCUUCCGAGUCGUAUUCGGAGAGGCACUGAGCCCGUCUUACGGGAUGUUUACGGUGGACCCUCGGACUCAUAUUGCGUGGUUCCAGCCGUGCGCACUUGAACCCUUGUACAAGUAUGAACUGCUGGGACUCUUGAUGUCACUUGCCAUCUAUAAUGGCCUGACUCUCCCCGUCAACUUCCCCCUUGCGCUUUACCGGAAGCUCUUGGGACUGAAAGUGAAGCACUUGGAUCAUAUUCGGGACGGCUGGCCGGAGCUUGCCAAGGGCCUUGAGGACCUGCUAACGUGGGAAGACGGAGAUGUGGGCGAUGUCUUUAUGAGAACCUACGAGUUCAGUUUCGAGGCCUUUGGCAGCGUGAAGACGGUAGAUAUGCAGCGGGUUGGUCGGGAUGCAGUCUGGCCGGUCCCUGACCGGGCCUCGACUCGAGAACGGGCGCGAAGCAGCGGCUCAGAAUAUUCCAGCUCGCGUGGAGAUGCGUCACAGUACGGUUCCCGACGGCAUCGGAAUUCCACGGUGCACCAAGGUGCUGAGGAGGACACUCCGGUGACUCGCGAAUCUUUCAGGACGGGCAUUCUCAAGGGCGUCGACUACAAUACUCCUUUGGCCACUCCCAGCUCGCAGCCUCCGGAGGAGCCAAGCCUGGUGACCAACGAGAAUCGAGAGCAGUUUGUCAAGGACUACAUCUUCUGGCUGACUGACAAAUCGAUCCGUCCUCAGUAUGAGGCAUUCGCACGUGGGUUCUACACUUGUCUUGACCGGACGGCGCUGUCGAUCUUUACGCCGGAGGCUCUCAAGACCGUCGUUGAAGGCAUCCAGGAGAUCGAUAUUGAUGAGCUCGAGCGCCACGCGCGCUACGAAGGCGGGUUCAGCCCGUCCCAUCCGAUGAUCCGGGAUUUCUGGCAGAUUGUAAAGCAGUACCCUCCGGAGAAGAAGGCUCGGCUGCUGGAAUUUGUGACGGCGAGCGACCGCGUUCCGGUCAACGGCAUCUCAAGCAUUAUGUUCGUGAUCCAGAAGAACGGUGUUGGUGAUGCUGGGUUCUUUUUCUCGGGUUGGUGGGAUAUGGCAGCGUUGUUUGAUGACUCAUCUCUUAGCAUUGUAAUUAUUAGUAUUUGUGUAGAUAGAGCAUGGCCUUCCUGCAGGCGAAAUAAUAUGACUCAUUAUCUGACCUCCUUGUUCAAAAGAAGCCAAAAACCGUUCUCGCCGUCCGCAGCUUCUCCUGCUCCACCGGCACUAAGACUACUAAGACCAGAUCCAGUUCCUGCGCCGGCUGCUGCUGGCCAAGCGAAUAGCGGCAUGAUGCCCCUGCCGGAUCCAUUGGCCCACACGAGGCAAAUCGCCAAGGCAAUCAAUAACCGAUGUCUUCUCGAGAUGGAUAGCUUGCGGAGGACUGCGGGCCGAUUGAUCGAUAUAUUUUCUGUCAUGCAGCUUGAUCUCGCGUUCGACCUCCUCGACCAAGACGAAUAUUUUGUUUUUGAUCGUGUUUUAUCCAUUUUAUUCGGCCUGAUCUAUAGAACCCCGCUACCCCGCGCUUGCUGUUAUCUGUCGUCCAGUUCUUCCCAGAGCACAAUAAUGGCUCCGAUAAUUCACUGUGUCCGGCAUGCUCAGGGCUACCACAACCUCAGCACCGCAAACCACUCUCUGCACGACCCUAAUCUCACCCCGCUGGGAGAGAAACAAUGCGCCGACCUGCGGGAUCGCUUCCCCUACCACUCCCAGAUCGAACUGGUGACCGCGUCGCCGCUUCGCCGGACCAUCUACACGGCCCUGCUGGCUUUCGAGCCCGUGUUCAAAGCCAACAAGGACCUGAAGCUCAUUGCGCUCCCGGAUGCGCAAGAGACCAGUGACCUGCCCUGCGAUACGGGCAGCGAUCCGGCUGUUCUGAAGAAGGAAGUCGAGGAGCGCGCGUUGCCUGUGGAUUUGUCCCUGGUUCAGGAGGGGUGGAAUAGCAAGACUGGAAAAUGGGCUCACACGGCAGCAGCGCUCAAGAAUCGCGCGCGAGAGUUGAGACGAUGGUUGAAGGCGCGCCCGGAGAAGGAAAUCGUCCUCGUCACUCAUGGCGGUUUCUUGCACUACUUUACGGAGGAUUGGGAGGAUAGCAGUCUUUACCUGGGCACCGCCUGGGUGAACACCGAGUACCGCACCUACAAAUUCUCUGACGCAGUCGACACGGAGGACCUGGAUGGCAAUCAUGUCGACGGCGACAACGCCACUCUCGUCGAGACACCGGAGUCGCGCCAACGUCGGGGCAAGACGCCCGAGGCCCCGUCGCGGGUACAGCAGAGGGUGUUCUACAAGCAGGGACUCGAGGGCUGGGGCAGCCAAGGCCUGCAGCCUACCAAGGAGGAGAGAGAGGAGGCUGAGCUGCAUGAGGUCAAUGGCAGUCGAAUCUAA